UCGUACUCGAUUGGUUAGACGAGGGGUCAAAGUUAAAAAGUGGGCUGAUUUGCACUUUAAACCAGACUUUCUACUUCCUCCCUGUGCUGACUGUAACAGCAGACAGCUGAAGUCCUGAUAUGUGGUUCAGGACGCUGGCGGCGAGUGCCUGCACUCUCGGUGUUCUCGGAGCGGUCUCGCACAAAUUCGUUCCUACAGCCUGGUUUCACUCCGCUCUUAGGAAGUCAUCUCUGGUGGAACAGUCAGACAUGAAGGUCGAACUGCUUCCUGCUCUCACCGACAACUACAUGUACCUCCUCAUUGAUGAAGACACGAAGGAAGCAGCCAUAGUGGAUCCAGUAGAGCCCCAGAAAGUUGUAGAUGCGGUCAAAAAGCAUGGCGUGAAGCUCAAGACUGUCCUGACCACUCAUCAUCACUGGGAUCAUGCUGGAGGUAAUGAGAAGCUGGUGAAGCUCAUGCCGGGACUGACGGUGUACGGCGGAGAUGACCGAGUGGGAGCUUUAACUCAGAAAGUCACACACUACAACACUUUCAAAGUGGGCUCUCUGAAUGUAAAGUGUUUGUUUACGCCGUGUCACACCACCGGCCACAUCUGCUAUUUUGUAACAAAAGAAAACAGCACUGAACCACCAGCUGUGUUUACGGGCGACACUCUGUUCGUGGCCGGCUGUGGGAAGUUUUUUGAAGGUACCGCUGAUGAGAUGUACAAAGCCUUGAUCGAGGUUUUAGGCCGUCUUCCUCCAGAGACGCGUGUGUACUGUGGGCACGAGUACACUAUAAAUAAUCUGAAAUUUGCACGGCAUGUUGAGCCAAAAAACGAGGCCGUCCGGACAAAGUUAGCUUGGGCUAAGGAAAAAUACGAUAACGGAGAGCCAACCAUUCCUUCUACGGUGGCUGAUGAGUUCACAUUUAACCCCUUCAUGAGAGUGAGAGAGAAGUCCGUACAGGAGCAUGCUGGGACCAGUGACCCGAUUGAAGCCAUGAGAAGUAUCCGUAAGGAGAAGGACAGCUUUAGAGUCCCGAAGAACUGAUCUUUUGAGCUUGUUUUCGCGAUGGCCAUCACCACUACGCUUAUCUCCGCUCAUCGUUUCUCUAAUAGCAGGACUGAUGGUAUUUACAUACGCUUCGUUUAUAGCAAAAGCACAAUUUUGGGCAGUGUAUCGUCUUCAAUGAGCAAUACACAGGAUUGUUAACCUGUAAAACAAUGUAUUUAAAUCAUUGUUACAAGCAAUAGAUCAAAAACAGAUGUUAUUUCGAAUGUUUUCAUCAUUGAAAGAAUACAUGUCGUUGAUUUGCAUUUAAAGAAAAUACAGAUGUACUAAGUCUGUGUUGUAGGCCAAAUUUUAUUUACGUAAGCUUGCGUAAGUUUUAUUUUUGGGAAGAUCCAGGCCAUGUCUGAACUAAUGUUGUGUGGUUAAAUUAUAGUUUUAUUUCAAAAUGUUUCGUCUUAAUGUGCAAUGUUUUAUUUUGUAAAUCAAAAAGACUUAUUUUUAAGAUGUUAUGGCAAUCUUAACAAAGCGAGGUGUUCCAGCAAAAUUUUAUUUGGUGUGUUUUAAUGUCCUAAGAAAACUGCAUUUGAUUUAAUUGCGUUUAUUUUGAUGUUAUUGAAUGAUUUUUGAAUGUAGAAAAUAUUCAACACUGCAUACUGGUUUCAGCUUUUCGUCUUGGUUUAGCUCAUCCAGUUAUUGUUUAUCAAUCUUGCACUAGUUAUCAAAAGUAACUAUGAGAAAAUGUAAUUAUGAUCAUAGUGUUCAAACUGAAUAAAGUCUUAAUAUAAAUGUA